CUCCAGUUAAUCCACGAAAAUCAUCCUCUAGUGUCGGGUUCGCACUCUAUGAACAUCUUACGCAAAUUUAGUUCUUGGCAUACUCACCUAUGACUUUCUUAAACAUUACCCAAUGUGUAAAGGGCUUGAAAUAUAAUAUUAUCCAGAAAUUUCAGCUUGUGCGCAUGUCUAGAUGAUAGCCUGUCGCUGAAAAUAGCUGGCCCUAGUCCUGUUCUUAGCCCUAUCUCUAUUCACCUAUUCUGCAUUCCUUUCAAACUAUGGAUUUACGAAAUUACAUCUACGUUCCUGUCUGUCUGUAUAGCAUCACUGGAUCGAUGAUUAUGCCAGUGGUACAAUCUAUGAUCUAUGAAAAAGUCUGUCUGCUACUUUCUAAUGAAACUGGCAUAUAUGAUUGUGUGAGUGCUGUAUCUGCUGCUUCUAAAAAUCAGCGCAUUCAAACAGAAUCAAAUAGAAUAGUUCUGAUUGCCUCCAUUUGCAUCUGCUUGGCUGGAGUUCUGACCUCUCGCCUUAUUGGACAUGUGAGUGAUAAAAAAUCACGGAAACUUUCUAUGCUGAUUCCAUUUGUCGGCCUACUGCUUGCAGAUAUUACUCUACUGCUACAAGCCGUUUAUUUCAAAUCUACACCAUAUCUCUUUCCUCUGUCAGAGCUUGUUUUUGGAUGUUUUGGAGGAUAUAUGGCAAUUCUGUCGACAUCUUUUGCUUAUAUUACCACUAAACCAGGAAUAACGCACAAUGAGAGAAGCAAAUCUAUUGCUCGCCUAGAGGGAGCUUUAGGCGUAGGAGGGAUUGUGGGAUUUUUAUUAUCAUCGCAGUUGCGGAGAAUCAGUUACAUCAACACAUUCCUAUUUUUUAUCAUUGUACACUUGAUUUGUUUCUUCUAUAUUGCACAAAUGAAGAGCUACGAUAGUACUAGCACUAGGAAAGAUACGGCAGAUCUUAAAGUGUGCUCUGAUUUGUUAGUGUCACGAGGAAAAAGUUGCGAUUUCCGACUUCUUGUCUGCUAUAUAGCUUUUGGAGCUUCUUACUUUGCCCUUGUUGGAUCUUCCCAUAUUCUCUUUUUCUAUCUUAAACAGCGUUUUUACUGGGAUGCUGAGUAUUACGGCUACUUACGAGCACUUACACAGUUUACUUCAACAGCUAUGGCGUUAUUUAUCUAUCCACUAUGCAAAUCCCAUGGCGUCCGUGAUGCCACUCUAGUACUAAUCGGUUUGAUUGCCCGGGGUCUGGGUCGAGCUUGGUUAGCAAUUGCUUGGAAUGGUCUUAGCGUUUUCGCAGCUGUUCCUUUCGAGAUGUUCGCGCGAUUUCCAGCUACAGGCCUACGCUCACUAAUUUCCAGCAACGUUCAAGCUGAAGAAAGAGGAUCCGCUUUCGCAGUAGUCGCUAUACUCGAAGGUGUUUGCAAGCUGGCAGCCGCCAUCAUUUUCCAUCUCCUCUUCCCCUGGUCGAUCUCUUUCAUGCCACAGCUAUCCUUCGUACUAAUGGCAGUGCUCAUACUACCGCCUACUUUGCUAUUUUGCUACUACAAGGAAGAGUUGGAGAAAAAGGAUGACGUUACUGAAGAGCAAAAAACAUUGAAUACUUCUACAUCAACGGAAGAAAAUAAUCAAUGAUUUAUGCAAUUUCUCUCUGCUGUUUUAGGGUUUGAUUGUUGUUUUGUUAUUGUUGUUGUUUAUUUUGCUUCUUACGCAUCGCAUUUUCCAUAUUCGAGUAUCUCAGAAAUCAUUCCAGACUUUUUAUACAAGUCAGUGUACCCGGUGAAUUUUCUAUAGGCAUAAAUCCUACGUAUUUUGUUAUCGCAGUGACAUAUCCUUCAUGUAAUAGGGUAAACAAAAUUUUACUGUUCCGCUGUCC